UAUUUCAAUGCCAAAAAGAAGUAAACAUGCAAGACAAUCACUAGAAGCUAUUAGAAAACAUUGGAAGCAAGCAAAAAAUUCUGAUCAGAAAUUAGAGUCUGAACCAGUUAAAGAAUUAGAAUUUAGGAUAGUUGAAGAAUUAGAGCCUGAACCCAUCGAGUAUGAGGAAGUUGUUAGCGAGAUGCAAAUGGAAAACCUUGAUAAGCUAUCAGAUGCUGAACCUGAUUAA